GCGAUCAACAUGAGUGAUCUUAUUCCACCAAAAAAUAUUCUUUUUCCACCUGAAAAAAUCUUUCUGAACUGGCAGAACAUGUGUGACAUCGGAGCAGGUCUUAGAAACUUGGGCAACACAUGUUAUAUGAAUUCAGUCCUGCAGUGCCUAACAUAUACAGCUCCACUGGCAAACUAUUUCCUUACCUGUGAGCAUUCCAAGAGAUGUGUAAAAAAGGGAUUCUGUAUGAUGUGUCUAAUGCAGAAACAUAUAGCUCAGGUCAAGAGUGUUUCUGGAAGAGGAGCAAUCAAGCCAGUUGAAGUGUACAAUGCACUUAACAGUGAGUUUAUUUUCACGUUACAUUAA